CUACUGCGUAAAUACAGCUGGGCAGGAAUUUUGAACCAAAACAGCUUCAUGCAAAUCAAUAGCUGUGGUCAGGCUUCCAUUUAAGUUUUUUUAUGCCCACUCAGUCGGUAUAGCGUCAUCCAACUAGAAACAAGUCCCUAGAACCUCGUCUGAAAGGAGCGGUUUAAGAAAAUGGAAGACACACAAACACAAACCUUUACCAGUCCCGACGGUCUUCGCGUGGCCGUACACGGAUGCGGUCAUGGCGUUCUCAACGCAAUCUACGCUGCAGUUGCAAACUCUUGCAAGGAGCGUGGCUGGGACACGGUUGAUCUCCUUAUCAUCGGGGGUGACUUCCAAGCCGUCCGCAACGCCGCCGACCUGUCCGUCAUGUCGUGUCCGCCAAAGUACCGUACGAUAGGCGAUUUUCACGAAUACUACUCGGGUGCCCGUACCGCGCCUUACCUGACCAUCUUUGCGGGCGGUAACCACGAAGCUGCCUCUCAUUCCUGGGAGCUCUUCUACGGCGGCUGGGUGGCCCCCAACAUUUACUAUCUGGGUCCUGCCAAUGUGGUACGCCUUGGUCCACUGCGCAUCGCCGCAUUGGGAGGCAUCUGGGCCGGAUAUGACUACCGCAAGCCUCACCACGAAAGGCUACCAUUUAGCGAGUCCAACAUCAAGAGCUUCUACCACGUAAGGGAGAUGGACGUCCGGAAGCUGUUGCAGAUUCGCACCCAGGUCGAUAUUGGUCUCAGCCACGACUGGCCUCGUGCGGUUGAGAGGCAUGGAGAUGAAGGUGCUCUCUUUAGGAAGAAGCCCUUCCUCCGGGAUGAGUCCAAGGCUGGCACGCUGGGAAACCCUGCGGCUACGUAUGUCAUGGAUCGCCUUCGCCCGGCAUACUGGUUUGCGUCUCAUAUGCACUGCAAAUUUGCUGCACUCAAGGUUUACAGCGAUGAGCGCCCAGCGGAGGGUGACGGUGCUGAGACGCAAAGAGAUGACCCUGGCACUGUUACUCAAGCAAAGGAUGUGGCGACUCAGGCUUCAGCCCCGACGAUCGAAAAUCCUGACGAGAUUGACUUAGACAUGGAUGAUGCUGACGACGUUGGAGCUGGAGCUGGAGCAUCAUCUUCUACGAAUGGCGAGACGGCAGCGGCAAAGGAUUUUGGUAGUGAAAACACUCUCAGUGGACAAGCGGUCAAUCCGGAUGCAAUUGAUCAGGACCUAGACGAUGACGAAGCCCAAGACACAUCAUCAGCAGGACCUGGGGUACAACCGGUAGAAGACGGAGAAGGAAAAGCAAAGCCACUAUCCGCAGAGCAGGCCACGAAUGGAAAUGGUGUCACAGCCACAACAACCAGCUCAAUUAUCAGCCAGGAUAUCCGGAACCAACUGCCUGCAUCCUUCGCUCCUCCUCCUCAACAAGCUCCAACCGAAUCCAGGAUCAAGCGCACGCCAGGUCAACCUGUACCCGAAGGCAUCAACAACAAAGAGGUCCGCUUCCUGGCUCUUAGCAAAUGCCUUCCUGGCCAUGACUUUCUCCAACUCUGCGAUAUAAGCCCCUUGGACCGUUCGUCAACUGGUUCGUCCAGCAAUCCUCCACCCAAGUACAAAUUAGAGUACGAUCCCGAGUGGUUGGCUAUCACACGCGUCUUCGCGUCAGAACUGAUCAUUGGAGACUCCAACGCUACUGCGACCACCGACCUAGGCGAGGAACACUACAAGCCUCUGAUCGAUGCCGAGCGUACCUGGGUCGAAGAGAACAUUGUGGCCAAGGAUAAGCUGGCGAUCCCGGAAAACUUUGUCGUCACCGCACCCCCUCAUAUUCCUGGCCAGCCUGAAGGCGUGCCGGAACAACCAGACGAGUAUACUAAUCCCCAAACGUCGGCAUUUUGUGAGCUGCUGGGCGUUAAAAAUCUAUGGAAUGCAACGGAUGAGGAGCGCUUGGAGAGAAAGAAUCAAGGGCCCCCACCGGAUCAAGGAGGCUUCCGCGGUGGCCGUGGUGGCGGUUCAGGGGGCGGUAGAGGUGGUAGGGGCGGUUUUGGAGGUCGAGGAGGACGAGGGGGACGAGGCGGCCGAGGUGGUGGGGGCCGAGGUAGAGGGUUCCGUGGCGGAAACGGUGGAAGAGGCCGUUACUAA